GGAAUUCAAUAUUAGUUCUCUGAACUCAAAAUAACAAAUUGACAUGGGAACCUUCGGAAGCGGAGACGGUAUCUGGAACAAAUGUAAAAUGAGAUAACCGCUGAGAUAUUCUCAAUGGGCAUUUAUUGAGAAGGAGAUUCCGACUGCCAUCUUCUGUUGAAAAUCACAACUUCUUUCUUUGCCAAAUGGGUUUACCCAGGGUUUGCCCUACCGAUUACCGCACGCAGCAUUUCUUUCUUUUCCGCGGCGGUCAUCACGAAAAAGCACUUAUCACUCUGCGUGACCCGGAUGGAAUAUCAAGUUGACGCAGACAAAUGACGGUUGAAACUUUUUUGUAUUUCAUUUGUUUUAACACUUAUCAAGCUCUAACUCUAACCGAAAAUUUCCCAUGUCAGUUCACAAACGGACAAGAAACAACUUGACGGAUGAAACUUGCUUUUAAAGAAUUGGAGGUAGAAUUUUGAAAAUCCAACAAUUCUAUUUGCAGUUUGACCUCAACGGAACCCGUUGACACUUGCUCGCCCUAUGUGAUAGGAUAUCGUGCCAUGAUCACAACAUCAACAAUCAAACGCACGAUAGUCGUGAAUACUGCAAGCAGUCGUCCACUCAAACAUAGUCAAUUCGCAAAAUGGCACCCGUUUCCGACUAAGCUCUCAUCUAAAACGGCCUAACUGACAACAAUCGAUAAACCGACUGAAAAUUGCGUUCCCAUUCCCUCAAAGUGCGUAAUAAGCCCUGGAUCGAGUGCGAACAUUGACAUUCUGUCUUCGCAAAACAUGGAAACGAAAACUACAGAAAGCCCGAUCAGCGAUGCUGAUCAUUUGAAGAAAAACGGAAACGAGAUUCACGUUUUUCAUAUUUGCACAAAUGCAAGUGUGCCGGAAGCAGAACCCAAAAACGCCACAGCGGAACAGCAAAUGCUGACACCCACAAAAGUGUACGGUCGACGAUGGCUGAUGCUCCUGAUUUUUGCCCUUGUCUCAAUGAUGAACGCCUUCCAAUGGAUACAAUUCUCCAUCAUAACCAGUUUACUGAGCAAAUAUUACGGCGUAGACAGUCAGACGGUCAACUGGACGUCAUUGGUUUAUAUGGUCGUUUACGUUCCACUAAUCUUCCCAGGUGCUUGGGUCAUGGACAAAAUGGGAUUAAGAGUGACGUUGUUGAUUGGCAGUUUUGGAACGGCGGCCGGUGCAUGGAUUAAAGUGUUGUCCGUUGCACCUGAUCGGUUUUACGUCGCCCUUAUAGGUCAAACGAUGGCAGCCAUUUCUCAGGUGUUUAUUUUAAGUGUUCCACCAAACAUAGCUGCAACGUGGUUUGGCUCCAAUCAAGUUUCGUCGGCCUGUUCCAUCGGAGUAUUCGGCAACCAGUUAGGUGUGGCUCUUGGAUUUCUCUUGCCGCCCAUCUUGGUGAAGGACGGCACUAUCGAUACAAUUGGCAACGGCCUGAGUCUCAUGUUCUACAUUGUGGCCGGAGUUUGCACGGCUUUACUCAUUGCCGUCAUCGUAGGUUUCCAAGCCAAGCCGCCUUUGCCUCCGAGCGUAGCUCGUUACUCCAACCCGUCAUCGACCGAAUCCACGAACUAUUCCCAAUCGAUCAAGCGAAUUUUAUUGAACAGAGACUACGUCAUUCUUCUGGUCACUUAUGGCAUUAACGUGGGCGUCUUUUAUGCCAUGUCAACCCUCCUGAAUCAAACAGUUCUGCAGCACUUUCCUGGCCAAGAAGAAAGUGCGGGUCAAAUCGGUUUGACAAUCGUCGUUUGCGGAAUGGCUGGCUCCGUGCUGGGAGGAAUCAUUCUCGAUCGAACGCACAAAUUUAAAGAAACCACUCUAGCGGUGUACGGAUUGGCCGUGGUGGGAAUGGUGGCCUACACUUUCAGUUUUAAUGUCGAGCUUAUCGCUGUCACAUUCGUCACGGCCGGAGCCGUUGGGUUUUUCAUGACGGGAUACUUACCGGUGGGAUUCGAAUUCGCUGCCGAAUUGACCUAUCCAGAACCGGAAGGAACUUCAUCCGGACUACUGAAUGCGUCCGCUCAGAUUUUUGGCGUCGUGUUCACUGUUUUAGGCGGUUGGUUGUUACCCUAUUACGGUGACCUUGUCUGCAAUGGUACGUUAACGUUUGCUUUGCUCAUCGGAGCCAUUAUGACGGUGUUCAUCCGUCCGAAACUCAGACGUCAGAAAGCCGUUAAUGGUUUCCAAUAACCAGCGCCUAUUGCAGCACUUAACGCUGUUUCAUUUGCUCUCUUUCAAGCUGUUCUUUUAUUAUUAUUAUUAUUAUUAUUAUUAUAUGGACUCGUUUGAAAUCAAGUGGAGCGAUGAUGAUAUACAAAAAUAGUGAAUAAAUUUGAAUUGUUAAAAACUGA